UAGUUUCCUCGCGUGACCUUUUAAAAAAUGCAUACUUUUUGCGGGCUAGAUGUAUUCAGGAAGGAAUAAUGCUGUCAACUUGGCUCAUCGGCAUAAUCAUCGUUCCAAGUUACUCGAACGGACAGGAGCUGAAAAGAGGAAAGAGGAAAGAGGACUCGUCUACUUUCACCCAAGAUCAUGGGUUCUUUCAAUGGACAUGCUGUUCCUGGUUUUCUAUUUCUACUUCUAAGUAGUUGGUGGGCCUUAAACGUUUUAUUUGUUUAUGCGAAAAUUCUGAGAAACAGAUCCGCGUCGUCUGAUCUGAACCUGACAAUGAGAUUCAAGUCGACUACUUGGUUUCCGAUCCAUAGUAGACGAUUUAGUAAAGUCCCCUGCGAGUCGAUAGUCAAAUUUUUCUUGAGCUCACUUGGAAUAGCUUUAGAACUAUUCACCGAUAACUCUUGGAUACUGAUAAAGGAAAAUGGCGAAUUCGAGGAAACAAGUUUGAACAAUUAUGCACAUUCUGCAAUGUAUGGCUUCUUCAUAUUUUCUGCUUUGUUAGAAUGCCUUCAAUUCUGGAAUGCCUUAGUACUACCAAAGGCAGGAGAACACUUGGCUUUGUCAUUUGCCUUUUUCGUGGAGGGACUGUUAUUUUACUUUCAUUUGCAUGGACGACCAGUGUUGGAUGUACGUCUCCACACUCUACUAUACGUUGUUGUUUUCGCGACGUCUUUUGUCUUGGUACUUGAGGCUUGGAUGAAAGACAGUUUCUUGCUGCUGGUGGUGAGAGUGUAUCUUGUGAUGUUGCAAGGAACCUGGUUCUUUCAAAUAGCUCAUUCCCUGUAUGGUGCAAAUCCAUGGAAAGACACACCGCCAAACCGAGAAUUUGUGGCUAUCGCUUUUUCAUGGCACUGUUUAGUACUCCUAUUCGUAUGGCUGGUUGCUUUCGUCCUGGUGUCGGUCAAAGUCCGUGGAUGUCAUACUACCCCGAAUACUAGCACCAAGCUGGAAACCUUCGAGGUCCAAAAGAUUGUUGCACAUGAAGCUGGCGACUCUGAAAGAAGCAGCUUGAUAGUCGAUGGUGAAGAUACAGAAUCAUAGUCAACAAACUGAACUUUAUUUGACUGAAGACACACCAUGGAAAAUAAUAUAAAUUUUAGUAUAAUUUUAGACUUGAACAUAGAGUUUCUCGAGAGCUGUGAUUGGUCGAGCGACCGGUGCAGUCCGAGACGAUAAUCACCGCUGGAGUGGCGAUAAUGAGGGUCUCCAAAGUUUUCCAGAUCGUUUUUUUAAUCCUGAACUUCGACUUUUCUCUGAUAUUCAAGUCUUAAGGGUACUUAAGCCGAGAUCAAACUCAGUAGUGAAUCAAUACUAGUAUCGUCCUAAUAAACACACGUAAUAAAAUUGAAUAA